AUGCCUGACUUCCCAUCCCACGCGUCGCCAUAUCUCGCCCCGCAACCCGUGCAUCCAAAAAAAAAAUUCGCAGAAUACUCCCUCACAAGCAAUCCUUUCGGGUUCGCUUCAACUUCAACUUCAACCGCCCCAAAUGCGCAUCGCAGCGCAAAUAUAGACGAAAAAAUAAACCCAACCAGCCAUAAUGACACAGCCGAAGCCAGUGCGGCCGCGCCGUCGCUACCCAACUCGAUCAUCUCCCCCGCCCUGACACCCCCUUCAACGCCUGGCAAUCUACUCCCUUCUCUCCUAUCGCCCCAACCCGGGCUAAAAGAUCGACCCGCAUUGAGCAGACCUCCGAAGCUACUGCCGCGGUUACCCAACGUCGAAUGUAUCGUGCGUGCCCGGAUACCAACCACCAGCGGCUCAGAGAUGUUCUUGCAUCUUUACCAGAACGAUGUUGAUAAUAAAGAGCAUUUGGCUAUUGUAUUUGGGAAUAAUAUUCGGAGCAGGAGUCUUGACCGGGUGAGGGAAGGGGAGACGGAGAUGGAUAGGAUGAUUCGCGGUGCAUAUGUAGGUAGAUUGCGGCCGGGUCGGAUCAGCAGUCGGCAAGACGAUCAGGAUGAAAGCGAACCGCCAGCAGCCUCGACGAAAAAUCUACUGGGAGAGAAAAGCAGUGAAAUAUCCAGUGAGGGCGCGGGCGAGGGGAUACAGGCUCCGCUCGUUAGGAUCCAUUCAGAAUGCUACACCGGCGAAACUGCCUGGUCAGCCCGCUGUGAUUGCGGCGAGCAGCUUGACGAAGCUGCGAGAUUGAUGUCCGAACCAGAGUCCACAGGAGGCGUGAUUAUCUAUCUACGACAAGAAGGCCGAGGGAUCGGGCUAGGCGAGAAGCUCAAGGCUUAUAACUUGCAGGAUCUCGGCUCGGACACGGUGGAAGCGAAUUUACUUCUUCGACAUCCAGCGGAUGCGCGUAGCUAUGGCUUGGCUACGGCUAUGCUGGUAGAUCUUGGGCUGGGGGUCGAUGCUGGGAAUGUUGGGAUUCGGCUUCUUACGAACAACCCUGACAAAAUCAGAGCGGUUGAGGGCCCAAAUCGGGAGGUCGUUGUUAAGGAGAGAGUUCCGAUGGUCCCGUUGGCUUGGAGAACCAAUGGGGAGAAGGGAAUUCGAAGUACGGAAAUAGAAGGUUAUUUGCAGACGAAGUGUGUCGCUCUUUAG